CAUAAACGGCCGCCGCCUUGCCACUUGGCCACGCCGCGAUGGACCGUCCGAUCGCAUCGCUGCAGCCCGACUGCGCGCGCCUCAUCCUGCGCUACAUGGACGCGCCCGAGACGGUAGUAGGCUUCUUGCGCACGCUGGCACCGCACAGCCUCGACGCGACGCUGGCCGCCCUCGUCGAGCUCGUCGGCUUCCUGCCGCUGCGCGACGUCUGGCCCGCGCUGCACCUGCGCACGUUUAUGCUGCCGCGCACGCUCGAUCGCGUCGUGGGCGCGCUGCCGCUCUACGAUACAGUGCACGUGUACGACCGCCGCCACGUACACGCCUUUGACGCGCGCCGCCUGGUACUGCACCCGUCGCUGGAGCCAAGCACCGCGUGGCCGCCACUGGAGGCUGCCGCCACCUCCAUCGUAGGGCUCGAAUGCAACGCCAACACAUCAACGCCGAUGACGUUUGAGCUCGUGCUCGGGGCGCUCGCCACCUGCCCGCGACUCGUCUCGCUGCACUUGCAAAUCACGACGGCGCAGUCCGACGGCGUCCGCGCCCUGCUCGCCGGGCUUCCUACGACGCCGCUCUUGUCGGACGUUCGUCUGCACAAGCUUGAAGCCAGCGAGGUGCAGCUGCUUCCGGACACGAGCGUACAGCAUGUGGCGUCGUGGCUUGGAUCUCGGCACGUGACGCGGCUCGAGCUACGGUCGAUCGACGCUGAGUCGCCUGCCGCCGCCGCCACGUUGAGCGAGGCACUGCUUGCGUCAGCCACAAUCAAGACGCUGGCGCUGGUCAACACGGCGACAUUUGCGCAAGCGCUACUCGCGGCGAACGGUCCGCUGCCGACGACGCUGCGUCAUCUCGAGCUCGGGUCCAAUCAGCUGCCCGUAUCGCCGACGCCGCGCUUCCAGCUCCUGCACGACACGGUGUUAACGUCACUCGACUUGAACGGGACGUACUUGGACCACGAUGGACUGCAAGCGCUCGCAGCGCUGCUCUUCUCGCUGCGCCAUCUCGAGGCGCUUGACCUCUCAGCCGUGCUGCCGCACUCUGGCCGCAUGGACACGGCAUACCUCGCUCAUGACAACCGUCAAUCGCAGCUCCUCGCCGAGAUCCUACGGCAUUUGCCGCAACUCACGACCCUGCGUUUGGCCCGAAACGGCGUCCAGGACGCCGACAUGGCGCUGCUUGUGCCGGCACUGCCGCGCUGCCUCGGCGUCUUGGACGUGAGCGCCAACCAAAUCAAGAACGCUGGGCUUGCGCUCCUGCGAGCGGACGCAAUGCCGCGGCUGCGUGUCCUGCAUCUCAAGAGCAAUGCGUUUAGCAACGAAGGCGCGCGGCGGUUUAGCCAACGACUGUCGCAGUGGUCGUCGCUCACGGAGCUGAGCUUUCUUGGCCGCGACAUGGACAUGUACGGCAUCACUAUGCUGCUGACGGCGCUGAGCACCUGUUCGCAGCCGCUAAUGCGCCUCGACGUGGGCGGCUCGUGCUGCCGACGCGCCAACGACACGACCAAGAUCUCGGAGGCUGCGCGGAGACUCGGCCUCAUCGAUCGCAAACCCGUGUUUUGCAAGCGCCUGCGAACCGAGCGACUGGCGUUUUCGUACUGAUCGUGUUGAUUUCACCUCAUUCGUGGUGUGUAAUUGUUGUUGAAUAUUGUCAUCUCUAAGCUCCCAACCACACAGACAUUGCCCGGUGGUUGCACUCCCAU